AUGAGUGAAUAUAUCAGUGUUCGCAAGCUAAAAGCAUUAAAAGCAUUGAAUAUAGAUAGAGAAUUAUCUCUCGAUCAUACUCAAGAAGAAAUAGAAGAAAUUCUUAAUAUAUUAAAAUCUAAACUUAAGCAUCCUAUAACAGAAGUGGACAUAAACCUUUAUGUUUUAAGUGAUAAUUCAGAUAUUGUGAAAAACUUGGGAAGUAAGCAAAAAAAUAUUUUCACAGAACCUCAAAAAAAUAUGAAAUGUGCCUUAUCUGAUUCAGUUAUUACUAAUACAUCCUGCAGUGAGCAAAGUGAAGAGAUAUAUAUUGCAGAUGUCAUAAUUCCUUUACUUCAAACAAGUUUAAGUGAUCUUUUGAAUAGUGCUAUUUGUCUAAGUAUAGCAGAAUAUCAAAGUAUAGCAAGCAAAGCUCGAAAAAAUCUAGGAAUAAUUGAAAAGCAAAUGAAAAAAAAACCUGACAUUAUGGGUUUAUUGAAGCAAGACAAAAAAUUAUUGAGCUAUUGUAUACUGAAUCAUCAUGUAUUGUGUAUAGUAACUCAAAAAAAUCAGAUGAUAAGGUUAAGUUAUAGAGAGAAACAUUAG